AUGGACCGCGGCCAGCAACACGGCGGGCUCGGCCCCCGCCAUGACUCUUCAUCGAGGGUCCAAAAGCCCGAGUCGGCUGCGGACCGCAUGGCGGCUCUGAAAGCGCGUGUUGCUGCGGCGGUGGGAGGGGCAAAGGCCAAGGGCGGCCUCAACACCCCUCUCCACCCAGCUCUCGCAGACCUCAAUGCCCCGGUCAAGCCGGGCGAUUCCCUCAGGUCAUCUCUAGGACAGCGCCCUACGCCAGAUAGUGCCAGAAACACUAAGGGGAAGCCCGGCGGCUUCCCGUCGACAUCCCACGAUGGCCCGCGCGUCAACCCGUAUAUCGAUACCAGCAACAAUGUGCCAGCGGGCAAGGCCCGAGAGUCGAGGCAGCUCAUCUUCAACCAGAAGGGCAAAUACAUCCAGCAAGCCAACGCGCUGCGGAGACAGGCCGCAUUGGAGGACAUGAAGAGGAGGAUCGCGGAACAAGCCCGCAAGGCAGGGCUGGAGGAGGACCGUGCCGUGGAGAAGGCGUUUGUGGUGGAAGAGCCUCCCGAACUGGAGUGGUGGGAUGAAGGGCUCAUCGAUGGCAAAGACUACAGCGGCAUCCCACAGUCCCUCAAGAUCACGACGCCAGACAGCAUCGUCACGUUGUACAUCCAGCACCCAGUCGCCAUUGAGCCACCGCAGGACAAGCUCGCGCCGACGCCGAAACCCAUGUACCUGACGCCCAAGGAGCAGCAGAAACUCCGGCGGCAACGGCGCAUGAUGGAGCUCAAAGAGAAGCAAGCCAAGAUCCGCCUUGGACUCGAACCGGCACCACCGCCCAAGGUCAAGAAGUCUAACCUGAUGCGUGUCCUCGGCGAAGAAGCCGUCAAGGAUCCGACGGCCGUCGAAGCGCGGGUCAACCGCGAGAUCGCAGCGCGGUUUGACAAGCACAUGCAAGCGAACGAGGAGCGCAAGCUCACCAAGGAAGAGCAGCACGAAAAGCUGGCAGCCAACCAGGCCAAGGACGCGGCCAAGGGCAUCCACAUGGUCGUGUUCAAGAUCGGCAGCCUGGUCAACGGCCAGCACCGGUACAAGAUCAAUAUCAACGCGACGCAGAACGGCCUUAGCGGCGUGUGCAUCAUGCACCCCAAGUUCAACCUCGUCAUCGUCGAGGGUGGCGAGCACAGCAUCAACAACUACAAGAAGCUCAUGCUCCGCCGCAUCGACUGGACUGAGUCGCUACCGUCGCGUGAGCGGGACACAGCCGCCUCCGCCUCCUCGGCCCUAGCCGCCGCUGCGCCCGGGUCCUCUUCUACGGGGGGCAACGGCACGGCGGGUGCGCGGGAGUGGCUCAAAGGCGAGGACGAGCACGGGCAGCUCAAGGACCUGUCGGCGAACCGUUGUGUUUUGGUGUUUGAAGGCGAGAUCAAGGCACCCGCGUUUAAGAAGUGGGGGAGCAAGGUGUGCGAGACGGACGGGGAAGCGAGGGAGUUCCUGGGGCAACGCAAGAUGGAUAAUUUUUGGACGCAGGCUAAGAACACACCGCUAUAA